CAAUAAUAUGACAUAUGACGGGUCGUACGGACAAUAAAAACAACAGUAUUAUUAAUUGUUAUUGUUUAUUAUUUCGCAUUAUUAGUUGUAGCGGGGAAAUUCUAAUGAGGAAGUAAAGAGAAAAAAGUGCAAAUUAAAUAUUAUGAGCUUCCAUUACAUCGUAAGUUCCUCGUGAAAAUCGGACAUGUCUUUGGACAAUAUCUCUUCGAUACACCAGCAAAAUGUCCCGGUGCACCGGACAAACACCAAAAAAACCUUAUCGGCCAAUUUUAUCGCCAAACGGUACAAUUCCACCAACCAUCGCAACGGCAAAACAACAACGAUUCUAGCCAACGACGAACCGGCCCGGACCGAAAUAAUCGUCGAAACUCUAGACAACCCGGAAAACUCCAAAAAACGCUUAGCCAGAGACAACCGGCGCCUGACCGAGCAAAACCAACUCCUCGCCUCGAAGUUCAACGAGCUCGAGCAGCUCUCCGUGCGGAAAAUCACGAAGCUGCGAGAAAAAGUCAACGUCCUGCAGCUGGCCAACGCCCAUUUCAAGCAGGACAUCGAGGAACUCGAACGGACCCACGACACCGUCCUGCAGGACAACGAGCGCUUGUCCGCCGAAAUCCAACGCCUAAAAGUCUGCGAAAGAUGCCGAGAGUACCGCCUCGAAAUCGAAGCAACCCGAAUCGAUAACGAUAACUACAAAAAAGCAAACGAAUCGAUCGAAGGAAGAUCCGACGAAUUGCGCGAAGACCUACAGAUGCUCAAAAUCGUCGUGUUCAGAUUAAACUCGCAGCUGGAGAGGUACCAGGAACUCCUGCGUAGGAACAACAUCCCCAAACCGCUCGGGGAAUCCCACCACAAGCGAGACCUGCAAAUAGCCAACUUCGAUUCCAGCAAAGACAUUACAUCGGAGCUCCACAAGGACCACAAACACGCCCCUAUACUCUGGGGCGGCGUGAACAGACACACGCUGGGUCCUCUAUUGGACGCCUACGAGGACACUGUGAAGGAGAAGGACGAAAUCAUCGAGGAGUACGAAUCGGAGAUGGCGAAAUUCGCGGGUAGAACUCGCGAGAUAAUCGAUGAGAACGAAACGUUGUACAGGAGGCUCAACGAGGACGAGCACUGCAGCGCCAAAUUGGGCGCGGAGUUGUCGCUAACUAAAGCGGAAUCGAAGGCGCUCAAAGAACAAAACGACGCGCUCGUGAAAAAAUGCUCCUUGAAACAGGACAAGCUGGAAGAGGUGCUGAAAAUUUACGAAGCGAAAGUGGAUCAAAUGAGCCGCGAUUACGACGUGCUUCACGGCGAAUACGUGAAAAUCAAAACGGAAAACGCGGCGUUGGCGGAGAAAUCCAAAUCCUGCUCGAUGGCGCAGGAGGAGCUCAAGAACCAAAUGCGGAACUUCAUACCGAUUUCCGUGCACACUUCGAGCGUAAACGAAUGCAAAAAGUGGUACGAGGAACUGAAGCGCCAGUACGACGGCGAAAAGGAGAAACUCCAAGAAACCGUGAACAAUUACGCGAAAAACGUCGAGGAUUUGAACAAGGAAAUCUCGAAUUUAAAUAGCGCGAAGGAGAAGCUGGAAAGCACCAUUAUCCAGCUGGAAAAGCAUAUCAAAAAAUUGGAAGCAAAACAAGCGGAUACCGAGCACAAUUUGAACGGCGUCCAAUUAUCGCGGGGCGCUUUGAAAAAGCAACUGCACAAAGCCAUGGAGUUCGCCAGGGACAUGGUCACCGAGCAGGAGGUCCUGCUCAAAGCGCUCAAUCAAAGGCAAAUCGAGAACAAGGCGGUGAAAAAGGUCGGAUCCGACAUGGCCAGCCGGAUGGAUUUCCUCAAAUGCCAGCUCAAAGACGUCCAGAAGAACGCCUGGCAGGAUUUCGUGAACGUGGAGCAGACGAUCCAGGAGCAAGCGGUCACGAUCGAAACGAUGAAGGAUAAAUACGAGAAGGAAAUCGAGGAAUUGAGGAAAGUGAUAGCGCGUUACGAGGGCGAAGCUUCGAAGCCGGAAAACGUAUCGAUGGCGCAUUAUUUUUUACUCAAAAAUAAGUACAAAUAGUUUUCAUCUAAAUUUUAUAUGAAUA